UUAACUUCUCAUCGGACGAAUUUCCGGUUUCAGAUCGCUCCUGGAGUCUCCGGUGAUAUUUUGUAGGAGAAAUUUUGAAGAAAUACGAUUCGAUUGCAAUGGAGGCGAGAACCGGCCGAUCUAUGCCAGAGCACCCAUCGACACCGGCAAUAACCGCGCCGGCUCCGGUUCCUCCGCCUUCAACGAGACGUCCGAGGGUGAGAGAAGUCAGUUCGAGAUUCAUGUCUCCCGUUUCUUCAUCUUCGUCGUCUUCCUCUUCCUCCUCCUCCGCCGGAGAUCUCCACCUCUUGACUUCAAAUUCUCCCAGGCAACAUCAACACCAGAAUCAUCGGUCGAUUUCUGCUCAGAAUUCGAGACGGCAGUUAAAAUUACCCGACGGCGACGAGAAUCGCCCUUCCGAGACGGCGCGUAGCCUAGACUCGCCAUUUCCUCUUCAACAAGACGGAGGAAAAAACCAGCAGCAGAAUCGAUCGAGGCCGUUGAAAGAGAACGGUCACCGUCUCGAUACUCCGGCGCCGUUGUUGCCUCCGCCGUCCAGAUCGCGGCUGAACCAACAGCGUUUGCUUACCUCCUCCGCGGCGGCUAGGCUUCUCCGAUUAUCAGUCUCCACAGACGGUGAAGAUUACAACGACAGAGAGAAAUCCAACGGCUCAGAUCUGUUGCCAACAACUGUUUCAAUGAGGAACCACGCAAAGCUCUUCAACAAUCCCACCGCCUCACCUCUUCGUCGAUCCCUGAGUUCUUCUUGCGACGAUCCGUCGUCGUUUCGAGAUGUAAGAGCUUCAUUGUCGCUUAAAAAUGGUGUUGGUGUAUCACUGCCUCCGGUGGCACCUAAUUCGAAGAUUCAAGCCGAUACAAAAAAGCAGAAGAAAGUUUCUGUGCAGCAAGAGAAUGCACAUUCUCUGAAACUGCUCCAUAACCGCUACUUGCAAUGGCGAUUCGCCAAUGCAAAUGCUAAAGUCAAAACGCAAUCUCAGUCAGCACAAGCCGAGAGAAUGUUUUAUUCUCUUGGUUUGAAAUUGUCAGAGCUCUCCGACUCUGUACAGAGGAAACGCAUAGAACUAGAAAGCUUAUUGAGACUUAAAGCUGUUACGGAGAUUGUAGAGUCUCAGAUUCCUACUUUGGAACAAUGGACUGAUCUUGAAGAAGAUUACUCAAAUUCUCUGUCGGAAACUACUGAAGCUUUAUUGAAUGCUUCAUUGCGGCUCCCUCUCGAUGUUGAUAUCAAGGUCGAGACUAAAGAGUUAGCCGAAACACUUGCUGUUGCCUCAAAGUCUAUGGAAGGCAUUGUGCAAAAUAUUGGAAAUUUUGUGCCUAAGACACAAGAGAUGGAGACUUUGAUGUCGGAACUAGCAAGAGUAAGCAGCAGAGAAAAAGCAUCCGUAGAAGAUUGUGGAGUUGCACUGCUUAAGAUACAUUCAUCACAUAUUGAAGAAUGCUACCUUAGAAGUCAGCUUAUUCAGGAUCACAAGCAAAGGAAUUGUUAGAGCCGUGCCUACUGAAGACGUAAAGAAACAUUACUCAAUUUUGUAUGUAAAAAUUAGAA